AUGGACUUGCAACAACGACCUGCAGCAUCUCUCACCUCUUUGCCUAUUGAGUGUAGGCAGUUGAUAUUGCGAUUGCUGCCUGACAUUACAACACUUCAAACUGCCAUUCGCUCACAUUCCUCCCUAUACAAUGCUUUUCUUGACCAAAAGAACGCAAUCAUUAAAAGCAUAGUAUCGAAUAUCGUCUCUUUUGAUCUACUUCCAGAGGUUAUCGCGGUCCUCAAGUCCUCACAGAUCGAACCAUGGACACGAGGGAAGGUCUUAGGAAUCCUCCACUGCUAUUUGAACCGCAGGAUCCCUUCAAACUUCGAAUAUACCGUUAAAGAUGCGAUUUGCAUGCAAAGGCUUCAUCGGGUUAUCGAGGCUUUCGUUGCGGACUUUGCAACCGCUGCACUGUCCGAAAACCCACUGAGUGGAGUCUCUGAAGACCCCACUGGUCUGCCCCUAUCAGACAAUGAAAAACGUCGGCUCAUCAGCAGUUUCUAUCGAUUCGAGCUCUGGACAUGGCUGUUUCAGACACGGAACCAGGACCACGAACGAAAGCCCAAAGAAACUACUGACUUUAGUCCGGAAGAGCAAUGGGAUAUCUUCUUCCAGAAGCUCGCUCCGUGGGAGCUGGAACAGAUGUAUACUGUCCAUGAGUAUCUUUACCGAGAAUUGUCCAUACCUUUCAAUGAAGUUGCCGCUCAUGACGUGCAGUGGGGUGUAUGGAGUGUCAGGUACGAUGAUACCGAAGUAUGGGAGGGCGACGGUAUGAACGUCGCGAAGGAUUAUUAUAUGUUUCGCGGUUUAAAUUUCCUUCGGAAGGUCAUCACGGCCAAGGGUUAUGACGAUCGUUAUCGAAUUCUAAAUCCGAAUUUUGAUUAUGCGGGUAUGACCCUUUCAACCAUAGUCAGAUCUCUAAAUUUGGAGGAUGACCAAGUCCCGCUGGAGCGUUACGACGGCGAGAACCUGGAAGCUGUUCUUGGUAGUUCCUUCGUGAAAGAUCCCGAUCCCGGCCCAGCACAAGCAUGGAAAUGGACACAUUUGAAAUUGACACGAUCGAAUUUUGUGGGCUGUUGGUAUAUGCGGGACCUUCGGAGGAGAGGAUACGUGAUGUGGGAUCAGUCGCGACUGGUACGAUGGAGAUUCUUUGAGAGCCCUGAGUGGCAAUUUCCUGACGACCCUGACGACGAGGAUGAAGAGCAUGCUCGAGAGGAGGAGAUGGAGAGAUCAUGGGCUCAGCGGAGACGGCUCUACAGGAAAGGAUUCUUGGGUUGGUGGAGUGAGGGGGAUGAAUCUAAGCUGACCUGGAGAAGUAUUGAAUUUUCGUCGGAUGAGGAGGACGAUUGA